AGGGGAAACACUCCUUUAUGUUAUUUAUUUAUCUGUUAUAUCAGAUAAAUAUCUACAUCAGAUAGAUACAGGAAUGAUCAUUAUUGUCCCGUCGCCGAGUGGAAAUUUGAAUUUCUUAAAUGUCGGGGUACUCCAUAAAUACGCGUGAAAGUCGCAACUCCAUUGAAUCCUUCGCGUUUCACACACUGCAUGUGUUCACUAACUCGUGCAUGUGUUAAAAUAUUUACUUACAUAUUUAAACGUCUCCAAGUGGAUUGCAUUACAUAUAUAUAUGAUGGGGUUUUCAGUUUUAUUAAUAUAUUUUAUUAACUGCAUGCCGUACAUUCCAAACUAGCAAGGUGUGUUUUAUCUGCUGGUUUAUUUAAAACAUGUAAAACGGUUAAUGUACCUAGGAAAGUAAUCACAGCAAAAUCAAGAAAAUCAAUUGUUGUAUGUAGUGGUAAGCUGUAAACCAUCUGUCUUCCAUUUGGUUAGGUUCAUAUAACAUUGAUGUAUGGUAAUUAUUUUAUUUUAUCUUUAGCCACUAAACUUUUGCGAAUCAUCCCAAAUCUUUCAUGAAAAUGUGCAUUUUGAUCUGUUUUAAAUGGUAAUAUCCACUACCUGGAUUUUAAAUGUUUAUAAUUAAAAUGUUAUCACAGAGUAGGAUCCUACCCCGUAAUAUCCCAGGUAAUCCUACUCCGUGAUAACAUUUUAAAGCAACUUUUUCAGAGUAAACGUCAUUUUAAAGUGUCUCGAGGUAUCUAGGGUAAACUUUCGAGCAGAUCCCGUCCUCCUGCCGGAUCAAACAAAGGCAUGCGCCUCUGCGCAGUUGCAGCGCAAACAGAACGCCACCCACGCCAAAUCCGUCGCGUCACAGGAAGUUCUGGGGAGAAUGUGGGAGAUCCCUGUAAUUGCAGGUCCGGGUGAAUGAAAAGCCGAGGGGCGGCGUACGUGGGGUGAAGGCAUAGUCACUUAUACAUGGCAAGGAAAUGUAUUUAGUUAGGCCGUUCUUAAUAGUGAUACCGUUUAAACAGUGUACUGCGACGAGCGGCUAAGUAGCCCGCUAGCUAACCAGACAGUACCUGUGGACGGUAGUCGUCUUAUGGCGGGUCUGUCUUACUUAGUCGUCCGCUUUUCUGGGUCCGCUGGUAGGACGUAUGGGGUGUUUUCCAAAGGGCUGACGAGAACCUUGUUGAUAUUUUUUGAUCUUGCAUGGCGACUACGAAUCAAAUUCCCUUACCUCUACCUCAUUGCAUCUAUGAUGUUCAAUGUACGAUUGCAGGUAAGGUAACAGGGUGACACGGUGCAUAUUGAAAUCCAUUGAUAUAUGGCUGACAAGGCUGAAGACGUAUGCCUCAACCAUAUUAUAAUCGCUGUAUACGCUGAGUGUGCUGGUGGUCAUACGGAAACUAGACAGGAUUACUUCACAAGGAUGGCGUGUGAAGUAACAAUGAUUUUGUCGGUCCGCUCACAUCGCCCGCUUGAGGAACGUUACCAUGACAAUACUAAGCUCGACACACAGAUCUCUAAAGGUAUAAUAUCAUGGCAAGGAGUUAUUUAAGAGACGUGGACUUGGUGAAAGGCAGUGUUCAGGGAUACGAAAUGUGUGACCAUGAUAUAGAUCUCAAUGUUCAGGGCUUUUUUUCUUUUUUUUUUAACUUGCCUCAGCGAUGAAGAUUCCUGUCUAAACAACCUUCCAUAUGGUCAACGAUGAGAAAUCUGGAGCCUUUUUGUCUCUGCAAUUGUGGGUGUGAACUUGAGCACUAUUGUGGCCUUUUCUUUUAUAAUUUCCUUUUCAAAUGUAUAUUCCCUACCCUGCGAACUUAUACUACUUUGCUCAGUAGUGGAAUCGAGCAUUCUGGGAAGACUGGCUACAGGAUCAUCUCGAUUGUAAGAAGACUGAGGAUUACCACACCUCCGUAGCUUGUGAUCAUGUGGUUGACAUCCUAACAAUAGGGCAUUGUGGGUAUUGGGAAGUGUUGGGUUGCAGGAACCCUGAUGGGAAUUGUGUAUUAAGAUGUAGUAGAGUGGCACAUGCCAGCCUUUGGUGUAAUUGUACACAACAUACCCUCACUAGUUACUGGAGUCAAUAAUGGGUUUUAAAUGAGGAAUCUGAAGUAUUUUAAUGUAGCUUUGUAAGGUUUGUGUUAUGUCAGUUGUUGGUUUACAUCCUCUUAUAACCGCCGUAUUUAAAACUGAAGAAUGUAAUUUGAUUUCACCACUUUUGUUAAUUUGAAAACAAUUAUUUAUCAAUGUGUUUUUUUUGCAUGGUAGUGGUGUAAUCAGUUAUGUAUUUGGUAAUGUUUUUAGUGUUUUCUCAUUGUACUUUAGUUACCAUGGGAUACAAAAGUAUUGUACAUCAUCGAAUAAAGCUUUGUGCAGUCGUUUUAAAAAUGACCAUUAUACAAUAAAUUAUGAAGAAUACAUGA